AUGCCGCGUAUAAGGAAAGCGAAGGAAAAUACCAAUGGAAAAAAACCCUGCACACAAGAUGCCCCGGCCUGGGACUGUUCAAAAUCAGUUUCAAAGAAGUCAUCUUUAACAUCCGUCUCAGUGUCAGUGCCAUCAUCAAUUUCACCUUCAACAUCACACUCGUGUACCACUGUGUCGUCUGAAGACCGUACGUACGCUAAGCCGAAAGCAAGCGUCCCUCACUACCAAAAGAGACGAUCUUCCAAAAACGUUGUCGAAAUAUACAACAAGAACAGCGGUGAUGAAAGUCACGUCGUGGACACUGAGAGAUUAUCGCACGAGCUAAAAUGUGCAAUAGAAAACGAAAAUAUUAGACGCGCUGUGACGUUAUUAAAGCGGGGUGCCGACCCCAAUUUGUUGGUGAAUGGAUUAAGUGCACUCCAUGUUGCAGUGGGAUUGGACUCUCCUCUCAAUCUCCGUUUCACCCGCCUCUUGUUGGACUAUGGUGGUAACCCUAAUGUUCCCUCUACAGAAGGCUUAACACCCAUACAUGUAGCCAUCAUGUGGGAACGAAUUAACUGCCUCAAGAUUCUGUUUAAUCGCGGGGGGAACCAUGACUGGCCAGAAAAUAAAGAAAAGAACGCCCCACGACAAGUGAAAGCUUUUAAAGCUGAAACUGGUACCAACACAUCUGACUGCUUCUUGAAGAAACUCGACGAGCGAAUCUUCAAGCAGCUUCAAGAAACGACUUUCCAGUCGGUCUCACCGGACAAUCCUCCAUUUUAUGAUCUUGGUCCUACUCCAUCUCCCAAUAUCGGAUGCAGUAUUCCCCGAAAACGACCGGGAAAGAAAGGGUCUAUCAAAACAGUUAGGCGGAAAGUGUCGCUUAGUUUCCGGAGAGCUUCUGAUCAGUUCCGUCGGGGAAUCCGACAAAUUCGUAACUUACUUAGCAGUUCGUCUGGAAGUGACAGACGAAUUUAGGUUCAAGACAC